AUGAGACUCUUUAUAGAUUUCUCUGAGAAGUGGAUCCAGCACAAGGGCAGAUUCUAUGUUUUCUCGUCUGAGAAAAAGAACUGGACCAACAGCAGAGAACGCUGUCAGGAUCUGGGUGGAGACCUGGUCAUCAUCAACAGCAAAGAAGAGCAGGAGUUUCUUGCAAGGCAAAUACUUGGUACAAAAACAUUAUAUUGGAUUGGUCUGACUGAUAGCCAUGAAGAGGGGACAUGGUUGUGGGUGGACAAUAACCGCUUAAAGGAUGAUCUUAAAUUCUGGACUAAAAAUUCCCCAGAUGACUACAAAGCUAGUGAAGAUUGUGUUGUAUUAAAUGGCAAUAUAAAUGAAGCACAAUGGGGGGACAUUUCUUGCUUGCGAAAAGAGUCAAGUAUUUGUGAGAUUUUGUGUUUUUAAUAAAUAUUGGGA